AUGGUGGAGAAUAGAGAUGGAAUACUGAAUGGCAGAUACCAGUUCUUUGAUAGGAAGCCUCUUAUCAUGAAAAGAUGGGAUCCUAACUCUAAAUUCACUAGGGAAACAAUAUUGACAGUUCCGGUUUUGGCUCAAUUGAGCAAUCUUGAACUAAAAUACUGGGGUGAGAGAUCCAUGGCAAAGAUAGCUGGUACAAUUGGAAAAAUGGUGAAGCAAGAUCGAGCAACUUUGGCUAGGGAGAAGCUACAAUAUGCUCGGGUCCUAAUUGAAGUGAGUUUUACAAAAGAAUUACCAAAUCAAAUCAAGUUUGAAGAUGAAAAGGGGGAUUAUGUGUAUGUUGAUGUGCAAUAUGAAUGGAAACCUGAUAUUUGUUUGCAAUGUAAAGGGAUAGGUCACAGGAAGGAAGUGUGUAAGAAGAGAGUGAGCCAAGGAGAAUCAUCAAAAAUUUGGCAAGAGAAGAAAAGUGGAGCACCAAAUUCAGAUCAUUCUCAGACUGGAGGCAUGACAGUUCAGCGUCAGGGAACAGUAGAGGAAAAAACAGAGGGGAACUAA